UGAUGAUAACACCACACAUACCACAGUGCUCUUUGCUGACUCACACUGCUUCUCUCCAGAGGGAUUUCUGAUACUUCAACCAUGAUUUUUCAAGCUUUGUUCAGUUGUAUGAAUUUUACUAGUUGGUUUUUGCUCAGUUUUAUAUUGUUAAUUUUAAGUGAUGUAAUACGAAACCGGAGGCCUCACAACUUUCCACCAGGACCCUGGGCUCUGCCUCUGCUAGGAAAUAUCUUCACUGGAGUAGACUACAAAACAAUGCAUGAGCUGGCUCAGAAGUACGGCCCCGUGUUCAGUUUGAGGAGGGGCAGUGAGAGGAAGGUGUUUGUCGCAGGAUAUAAAAUGGUCAAAGAGGCUCUUGUCAGCCAGCUGGACAGCUUUUUUGAUCGACCAAUCGUCCCCCUUAUCCAUGUUGUAUUCAAGGGCAUUGGGAUAUCUAUGAGCAACGGUUAUCUUUGGAAGAAGCAGAGGAAGUUUGCCAACACUCACCUGCGUUACUUUGGAGAAGGCCAAAAGUCACUGGAGAAGUACAUUGAAGUGGAGUGCAACUUCCUUUGUGAAGCUUUCAAGGAGGAGCAAGGAAGACCAUUCAACCCCCACUACAUCAUGACAAAUGCAGUGGGUAACAUCAUCUCCUCUGUGGUCUUCGGACAUCGCUUUGAAUACACUGAUCCGAGCUUUCGCAAAAUUCUGGAGCUGGACAAUGAUGCCGUUGUGCUUGCUGGUUCAGCUCAGACGCAGCUGUAUGAUGCCUUUCCUGGCUUGAUGAAGUACCUGCCAGGACCUCACCAGACUGUCCUUGCCAACUACCGGGAGAUCAUGACUUUCCUAAACAGAGAAAUUGAAAAGCACCAGGAGGAGUGGAACCCAGAUGACCCUCGUGAUUUCCUUGACACAUAUCUGUCAGAGAUGGAGAAAAAAAAAGAGGAUCCUCGUGCUGGCUUUAAUAUUGAAACACUUCUGGUCAGUACCCUUGACCUGAUUGAGGCUGGGACAGAGACAUCUUCCACCACUCUACGCUGGGCCCUAGUAUUUAUGAUGACCUACCCAGAAAUACAGGAGAAAGUCCAAGCAGAGAUAGACAGAGUGGUCGGACAGUCUCGCCUGCCCACUUUGGCCGACAGACCCAACCUGCCCUACACUGAUGCUGUUAUCCACGAGACCCAAAGGGUUGGAAAUAUUAUUCCACUGGGAUUACCAAAAAUGGCCAGUAAAGAUUCUACACUGGGAGGAUAUUUCAUUCCUAAAGGCACAGCUGUUACUACAGUACUUUCAUCUGUGCUGUUUGAUAAAAAUGAGUGGGAGACUCCAGAUGUCUUCAAUCCUGAACAUUUCCUGGACUCAGAGGGCAAAUUUCGAAGAAGAGAUGCCUUCUUGCCAUUUUCAGCAGGUAAACGUGUGUGUAUAGGUGAGCCCCUGGCCAAAAUGGAGCUCUUCCUUUUCCUUGUAUCCCUGCUCCAACGCUUCACUUUGACUCCUGUUCCUGGAGAAAUGCCCAGCUUGGAGGGUGUGAUGGGCUUCAUCUACUCUCCUGAGGAGUUCAGGAUGCUGGCAGUGCCUCGCUGAUGUCAUGCCAUGCAAACUCCACAAGCUUUAUGGGAUCACCAAAUCACAGCAUACUGAAAAAGCAUACUACAAACCCACAGAAAAGGAAUAGCAUGUGCUCAUAUAACUCAUCUGCUACUGAAAAUAUACUCUGUAUAAGAUGUAAUGAACAUUUCACAUAGUAAGACACAAUAUGCAUGGAACAAUCCUAAUUGCUGUUAUACUUUUAUUUCUUGUGUUUUAUUGUGAAGCACUUUGAGUUUUAUCUGUGAAAAGUGCUAUAUAAAACAAUACAAUCUGCUUACAUAAUACAUAAUAAUGGUUAGACAACCUUGGAAAAUAAUGUGCAUGUGUUAGUAACUACUGACUGAACAUAAUUAGGUGUCACAUGAUGCCAUAAGCUAAUACUAACUUGAGUCUUUAUCUAUAUUAAGGCAAAUUACUUCAGAUAUUAUCCUCUGUUUUUAAAUAUAUGUUGUACUUAAAUUAAAUUUGUAAAAAGAACAUUUGAUGAUGUGGAUAAAACUGCCCUUUUUACCAAGCAAACUGUUCUGUGAACUUUGCAUCUGAAACAAAUAAAACAAAUUUCUCUGGAC